GAAGACGGCUAAUCCAGCAUUUUAAAAGCGCGCAUGGCGGCCUGCAAGUAACACCCACUGGUGGGUGUAUUCAUGGUUUGACAUUAAAGGUCAAAUUUUGACCUGUGUCGUUUGGCAGAUGACGGUCUGUUUACGUGUGCGUUACAAAGCAAGCGAAAAACAAUCUGGAUUUGAUAAACAAAACAGUUUUUGGUCAUCAAUCAUCAAAAUGUUGUCCACAAAAACGCAAACUUUAUCGAACGAAGAUCUAGAACGAUAUAAAGAAAAAAUUGUAGUUGUCGAUGGGAAGGACCCGUACACAUUCAGUUACGAUGCAAAAGUGCUUCCAUUAUCGGUAGAUUACGAUAUGGUUUUGACCUACUUAUUGAAUACGCUGUCAUUCCGCACCGGAGAGCCAGUAAGAAACCACAAAUCACUGGAAGCGUGUAAAAGUUUUGAGCGAGGUUUCGUUAAAGAGGUGAAAGGACGAAAAUACAAACAUAUUUAUGCAGUGUUUGGAAAGGUUUUACAUAGCAUGAGACUCAGUGAUCCGCCAGCAGAAUGUUGGAUUUUAAUACAAGCUGUUAAAUCAACCAGUAAAGAGCCCGGAGAAAUACAUUCAGCUCAUUGUGGUUGUACUGCAGGUGCAGGUGAAACUUGCUCACACGUAGCAGCAGUACUUUACGCUCUGUGCUACGCCAGAGAAACUUGUUUGGAUAAAAAGAUUUCCGUUACUGAACUCCCAGCCUAUUGGACUCAACCAUCUGGCAGUGCCCAAGAAAACUUAUACAAACCCGUGGAAGAUGUUAACUUUGGUCGAGAAGUACAAACCAGUUGUGAACUUCGGGAAUACAAUUUAGAAAAAUCCAACGAUGAGUUGAAGGCCCUUAUACUGGAACUCUCAAAAGCUGGCCAAGACGUUGCAGCAAGCAAAGCCUUCUUCAAACCUUCGGAGCUGAAUGCUGAGGAAGAUGAUGCACGUUUUUAUGCUGAAAAUAUGCUGAGCUUUAAAAAAAUGUUUGAUGCCGAUUUGGUUGGACGUCCGCUGGUUGAAAUCAUUGACCAUGGUAAAGAAAUUGACUGGAGCUUCACGAAUGAGGAUUGCAUGCUAGUUGAAGAGCUGACUCGGGGUCAAUCCUCUGAGCCAUUAUGGUUCAAACUAAGAUACGGUCGCGUAACCGCCUCACAGUGGGAUCAUUCUGAAAAAAGACGAUCGAAACCUCUAAGAGCCGUUAGAUGACAUUUUAGCAUAUAGGUGUCUUUGGAAGAUGUGUUCAGAAAUGUCGUCUAUAUUUUUAUGCAUAUUCACUGUAUGGUAAAACUGUAGGGUGAACCCGAGCAAAAAUAUAUUUCUUCAAAAUAAUUUUUUAGAGGGUAGAUGUCUUCAGCAAAGUUGUAGAACAAGUAAUUUCAAGUAACUUUGCUGAAGACACCAUAUAGUUUGGAGUUCAUUUUUAGGGAGAAAAUAUGAAAGUUUAAAAAACAACCUCAAAAUCAGUUUUUUUAACUUUUCCAUGAUUAUAUCGUAAAAUUUCAACGUGAUAUGUUCUACAAGUUUGUAGGUACUACUGGAAUACACUAUCUUCCUGAAGACAUCAACUCUGUAAAAUUGAAAAUUGCUCCAGUAAACCAAUUUUUUUGAAAUAUUUUCACUAUUUUCACUAUUGAAUAUUUUUUGAAUAGGCACUUUUUGGCAGCCGUGCUAUCAAAAUUUCAAUGCUUUAUCAUGUCCAGAAUAGACCAAAAGUGACUUAACAAUCGGGUCUGAUAAGGCACUUUGAUUUCUGAUGCUAUUUUAAUAGUAAUUUUUCAAAGAAAAUAUUCACAAAUUUUAUACAAAUCAUUUAAUACAAACUGAAAACUCACGAAAACUUUUCGGCAUUAAUAUUUGUUGAAAUAGUCAACAUUUCUAACACUGUGGUUGACUUUACAUUGAA